AUGCAAGAUGAAUACUCCAAGUCAAUCAAAUACCAUAUACGACCAAACAACUCCAAGGAUAUAGAUGGAAUGUUUGCAUAUGAGCUUCACAAACUAGAUCAGCAAAGAAAUCCUAUUGAUAAGAGGAUUGUUAUGGUUGACUUUGUGGAGCGUAAGCUGAUUUGCUCAUGCAAGAUGUUCGAGAAGUGUGGAUGGCUUUGUCGCCAUGUGUUGCGCGCAAUAGAUCACCUCGGCUAUGGAGGACACCCAGAAAUCUUGAAUAUUCACACACGCUACAUAUUAAAGAGGUGGACAUAUGAUGCAAAAUCUGGAGAUUUCACACUACCGGCAGUACAAGAUACAGCAGAGAGGGUGUACUGUUCAAGGGUGAAACAACUUACUGGAUCCAUGAAUUUGCUUGCAACACGCACUUGUAUGGAUGAUGACAUAUACAAGAUGCUUGAGGAAGGAAUGCAAGCAUUGAAGAUUCGUGCUGAAUCCAUGAUGCCUGCCAUGAAGUUUGGCCAGCCUAGCACAAGCACAGAAGCAGAAUUGAAUCCAGCAAGUUCAGAGAGUGAACCACAUUGGGCGAAAGCAUUAAAAGUCAGGACUGAUCCAUUUAAAUCAAGGACAAGGAGGAAGAAUCGAAUUGAAAUCAUUCGAGAAAGGAGAAGACAAACAAAGUUACAAGAAAGGGCAGCGGAAGGAAAGUAA